AUGGCUGCACCGAACAAGUUGCUCUUCCUGAUCAUCAUCCUAGCUACGGCCUCUUCCAUCGACAGCGCGACCGAAAGAUUCAACGGGAGCUGCGUCCCGGCCGAGAGGGCCGCGCUGCUCUCCUUCAAGGCAGGCAUCACAGGCGAUCCGGACGAUCGCCUCGUCUCAUGGCAGCGAGGUGCGCACGACUGCUGCAGGUGGAGCGGCGUCAUCUGCAGCCGCCGGACAGGCCACGUCGUCAAGCUCGACCUCCACUAUGAUUUUUCAUUUGAGGAUUUUCUAUCAUCCAGUGAUGACCCUGAAGACCACUCGCUGCGCGGACAGGUAUCCUCUUCGCUGCUUGCUCUCUCGCAUCUCAGGCAUCUAGACCUGAGCGGGAAUAUUGUCCUCGGAGCUGGAAUGGCUAUGCCGGGAUUUCUGGGCUCUCUUCCAAGUUUGACUUAUCUCAACCUCUCCGAAAUGGGAUUUCAUGGUAGAGUGCCUCCUCAGCUCGGCAACCUCUCCAAACUGGUACAACUUGACAUUAGAAAUUAUUACAAUUAUCAUAUUUUAUACUCAGACGACAUAUCUUGGUUAGCGCGUCUCCAGUCGCUAGAUCAUCUUAACAUGGGCUACAUCAACCUGAGCAGAGUCGUUGACUGGGUCUAUGUGGUCAAUGCACUUCCCAAUUUGGUUGCACUGAUUCUCCAUUUUUGUUGGCUUAAUGAGAGUAAUGUUCCAUCAUCAUUUAUACAACACAACCUUACAGUUCUUGAGGAGGUUGACCUCUCUUUUAACAAUUUCUAUAGUCCGGCUGUACCUAACUGGUUGUGGGAUGUAAAUGGCCUCAAGAGCCUUAACCUAGAGGCUAAUGAACUAUCAUGCCCGUUUCCUAACAAGCUGGGAAACUUGACCUUGUUAGAGACACUUAACAUUGCAGGAAACAACGUCCAAGGGAUAAUACCUGGAACAAUGCAAAAUAUGUGUAAUCUAAGGUCUCUAGAUCUCAGUGCCAACAACAUCGACAUGGACAUAACAGAGGUAAUAGACAGAAUACCCAACUGUUCUUGGAAGCAUUUGCAAGAGCUGAAUCUGAGAUAUGCCAACAUCACUGGCACGACAUUACAGUUUGUGUCAAAUCUAACUAGCUUAACCAUGUUUGAUGUCAGCGAAAACCAAUUGAGUGGUCCGGUGCCUGUGGAGAUUGGCACGCUUACAAAUUUGACUCACUUAUACCUUGGAAGCAACAACUUGAUUGGUGUGCUGUCAGAAGAUCAUUUUGCUGGUUUGAUGAAUUUAAAGUACAUUGACUUAUCUCACAAUAAUUUGGAACUUGUUAUUGAUUUGCAUUGGGUGCCUCCGUUCAGCUUGGAUGUGGCAUCAUUUCCAUCUUGUCAUUUGGGUCCCCAAUUUCCUGAAUGGCUUCAAUGGCAGAAGAGCAUCCGUUAUCUUGAUAUUUCAAACAAUGGUCUAGUUGGUCGGAUCCCAGAUUGGUUUUGGACUAGCUUUUCUGAAGCUCGGCAUUUAGACAUCUCCAUGAACCAACUUAGUGGUGACUUACCACUCAAUCUGGAGUUCAUGUCAAUGAUUACACUUUCAAUGCGGUCAAAUCUACUAACUGGCUUGAUACCCAAGUUACCAACAACAGUUGUGGUACUGGACAUAUCCAUGAACUCUCUAAAUGGGUUUGUGUCGGAUUUCCGAGCUCCACAACUUCAGGUUGCUGUUCUGUUUUCCAAUUCAAUAUCCGGGGCUAUUCCGACGUCAAUUUGUGAAAUGCAACAAUUGCGGAUCUUAGAUCUUUCGAACAAUCUGCUUUCAAAGGAACUUCCUGAUUGUGGCCGGAAUGAGCCGAAGCAACGUAACCCAUCUAGCAGCAACUUUUCGAGAGUCAAGACAAUGAGUUCUUUCAGUUUGAGAAUCACUACUCUUCUCCUUAGCAACAAUAGUUUUUCAAGCAGAUUUCCUUUGUUCCUACGACAAUGUCCAAGUCUUAUUUGUCUCGAUCUAACUCAAAACCGAUUCACUGGAGAGUUACCUGGAUGGAUUGGUGAAGUCAUGCAUGGUUUGGUUAUUCUACGGUUAAGAUCAAACAACUUUUCUGGUCACAUUCCGGUUGAAAUAAUGGAACUCCAUGAUGUUCGUAUUCUGGAUCUAUCCAAUAAUAACUUUUCUGGGGCCAUACCACAAUAUGUGAAAAACAUGAAAGCUUUGACUGGCACUGCUACUGCUAAUGAUUCAAUAGCUUAUGACAUUUUAUUUGAAGGGUACCGUGACAAGUAUUUGGCAAGUGGUAUGGGACUGUCUAAUGAUAGCUUCUUGGUGGUGAUAAAAGGGCAAGUGCUUGAGUACAGGAAGAAUAUCUUAUAUUUGAUGAGCAUUGAUUUGUCUUGCAAUAGUUUGACCGGAGAAAUCCCAGAUGAACUAAGCUCCCUUGGUGGUCUCAUAAGUUUGAAUCUAUCAUCAAACUUGUUGAGUGGAAAUAUCCCAUAUAAGAUUGGCAACCUUCGAUCGCUGGAAUCUCUUGACCUGUCAAAGAACAAACUUGGUGGUGAAAUUCCUCAGGGCUUAUCAGAUUUGACAUACCUGAGCUAUUUAAACUUGUCAUACAAUAAUCUGUCUGGAAGAAUACCCACGGGGCAUCAACUGGACAUCCUCAAGACAGAUGAUCCGGUUUCUAUGUACAUUAGUAAUCCUGGUCUUUGUGGACAUCCAGUUCCAAGGGAAUGUUCCAAUCCUCCUAGAGAUCUGCCCACCAAUGGAGCUUCAACGGGAUGUCUUGAAAAUGGUUUCUCUCAGAUGGAUCUUUUUCUAGGAUUAAUUAUUGGUUUUGUGGUGGGCACUUGGAUGGUGUUUUUUGGACUUCUGUUCAUAAAGAGAUGGAGUUAUGCUUAUUUUGGGCUACUCGACAAGCUAUAUGACAGGUUGUAUGCCAUCUCUGUUGUUACUUGGCAAAAAUGGUUCGGACCACGGGUGUGA